CAUGCGAACAUGCUCAUGGUGGAUCCUCCAGCGGUGACUUGUGUGUUCACUGAGGAACUUUACCAUCAGUGAGGUGUGUGUGUGUGUGUGUGUGAGGCCUUUCUGCUGUUUGUGACAAUAAUCCCUGAUGUGACUGCAGAGCCUCAUUCAGCUCAACAUGUCUGAAAAGUUUGAGGAGCAGCAGAGUUGAAGCAGAUCAUGGAGGACUUUCUGCAUAAUGCGACCAGAUGUAGAAGGACAUCCUGGAAUUUUUUUAUCAUAGUGCAUUUAACAUACUAUAUAUUGGGACAUACUAAUUAUUUUUCUGUCGUACUAAAUAGUAUGGUAGUAUGGGUAUUGGAAUGCACAGAGUUAAAAUUCACGAGCUCCUCUUCCUGGAAUGAAUCAUAGCUUGAUAAACCCCUCCCUCCUCUUCCUGCUCAGCUCCACUCGGUCCAUUUACUUCCUUGUUCCCUCCCCUUCAGAUCUACAGUUUGAAGGAGGGUGUAACCAACAUGGUGAGAGCUGAUAGGCUCCAUUCGGUGCACAGACACAUGCUGUUUAGGUCAGAGCUCAAACUAGUUUUGCUUCUCAGGAAGUGAGACUCAGACAGUCAUUGCUACUGAGAGGUGAAAUGGCGCAGAAAGGAGUUCAGCUGGACCAAGAGUCAUUCUCUUGUUCGAUCUGUCUGGAUCUACUGAAGGAUCCGGUGGCUAUUCCCUGUGGACACAGCUACUGCAUGAACUGUAUUAAAAGCUUCUUGGAUGGAGAGGAUGAGAAAAAUAUCUACAGCUGCCCUCAGUGUAGGCAGACCUUCACACCGAGGCCUGUCCUGAUGAAAAACACCAUGUUAGCAGUUUUAGUGGAGGAACUGAAGAAGACUGGACUCCAAGCUGCUCCUGCUGAUCACUGCUAUGCUGGACCUGAAGAUGUGGCCUGUGAUUUCUGCACUGGGAGGAAACUGAAAGCCUUCAAGUCCUGUCUUGCGUGUCUGGUUUCUUACUGUGAGAAACACCUCCAGCCUCAUUAUGAUGUGGCUCCGUUAAAGAAACACAAGCUGGUGGAGCCCUCCAAGAAGCUCCAGGAGAACAUCUGCUCUCGUCACGACGAGGUGAUGAAGAUGUUCUGUCGUACUGAUCAGCAGUGUAUCUGUUAUCUCUGCUCUGUGGAUGAACAUAAAGGCCACGACACCGUCUCAGCUGCAGCAGAAAGGACCGAGAGGCAGAGAGAGCUGGAGGUGAGUCGACUCAACAUCCAGCAGAGGAUCCAGGACAGACAGAAAGAUGUGAAGCUGCUCCAACAGGAGGUGGAGGCUUUCAAUUGCUCUGCUGAUAAAGCAGUGGAGGACAGUGAGAAGAUCUUCACCGAGCUGAUCCGUCUCAUGGAGAAAAGAAGCUGUGAUGUGAAGCAGCAGGUCAGAUCCCAGCAGAAAAGUGAAGUUAGUCGAGUCAAAGAGCUUCAGGAGAAGCUGGAGCAGGAGAUCACUGAGCUGAAGAGGAAAGAUGCUGAGCUGAAGCUGCUGUCACACACAGAGGAUCACAACCAGUUUCUACUCAACUACCCCUCACUGUCACCACUCAGUGAAUCUACACACUCAUCCAGCAUCAAUAUCCGUCCUCUGAGCUACUUUGAGGACGUCACGGCGGCUGUGUCAGAAGUCAGAGAUAAACUACAGGACGUUCUGAGAGAGAAAUGGACAAACGUCUCACAGACAGUGACUGAAGUUGAUGUUUUACUGCCACAACCAGAGCCCAAGACCAGAGCUGGAUUCUUAAAAUAUUCACGAGAAAUCACACUGGAUCCAAACACAGCAAACACACUGCUGUUAUUAUCUGAGGGGAACAGAAAAGCAACAUUUACGACGCAACGUCAGUCUUAUUCUAGUCACCCAGACAGAUUCACUGAUUAUUGGUGUCAGGUCCUGAGUAGAGAGAGUCUGACUGGACGUUGUUACUGGGAGGUGGAGAGGACAGGGGAAGGAGUUUAUACAGCUGUCGCAUACAAGAGUAUCAGGAGAGCAGGGGGGUCAAAUGAAUGUGGGUUUGGAAAAAAUGACAAAUCCUGGGCAUUAAGAUAUGACAACAACAAUUAUAAUUCUUUUUACAACAAUGUCGAAACUCCCGUCUCAGGUCCUCGGUCCUCCAGAGUAGGAGUGUACCUGGAUCACAGUGCAGGUAUUCUGUCCUUCUACAGCGUCUCUGAAACCAUGACUCUCCUCCACAGAUUCCAGACCACAUUCACUGAGCCUCUCUAUGCUGGACUUUGGAUUUAUUCUAAUGGAGUCACUGCUGAGUUCUGUAGACUGAACUAGACAGAAGUCAUUUAAGGGUUAAAUUCUGUGUUUUAACUCUUAAACUCAUUCUGUCUCCAUGUUUGUUGCUGAGAGCUGAUUGUUGUGUCAUUUCUUCACUGCUCAGAGGUCAGCUGUCAAUCAAACAUUAUGGUUGUACUAUGACAUUUUCUCAUGAGUUGUUCUGUAAAUGUGUGAGUGUCUUCAAGUGGCGCUCCUUCCUGUGUCUGUUUCACUGCUCAUGAUGAUGUUUGUUCAUCUGAACUGAUAAUUCUCUACAUGAAUAUAUUAACUUCUCGGUGCUCUAAAAGAUAUUUUAGGGAAAAAAACUAUAUUACAUUGACUUUUAUUUGUUUGACAGACCUAUGAGCUUUAUAAAACUGUAAUCAUCAUGAUCAUAAUCACUAAGGAGAUCCUUCAUUGUUCUCGUUCACAUUGCUGAGAUUCUGCUCAAACAAACUGAUUGUGUUGAUGAAGUGAAUCUGAACAUGAGAUCAUUGAACGAGAGUCAUUUAACAGACUUUACUGAUGGGAUGUGUGAACAAACUGUAGGUUUACAUGAUGAAUAAACAAACAUAAACAAAG